AUGGUACAAUUAUCUGCGCAAGCCACCAUGCGCUCACAUAACCAAACGUUUAGACGCUGCCAGAUGAAGCGUUUGGAAGAGCCUCAAAGCCUCUCUCACUACACAAUGCCAAGUAGGGAGUAUCGCGACACAUCUUCUCGCUCUGCCCGCUCUAUACAGAAUGCUGGACCUCGUCGCAAAUGCCCAGUGCUGCAGUAA